AUGGAUCAAGACAUACAAGAUGAAGGUGCCUAUUAUGAUCCAGACCUCGACGCAGCACCGAAAUCUCCUCAGCUUCGGCGGGUUCAGCCCAAGGCUUUUUCGUCUCGGUAUGACUGUCCAUCACCAAUCCCAACCGCUUGGGACCUAGACUCGCGCUCUUGGUUACCCUUAGACAUUGACGACAUACCUGUCACCAAUGGGUUCGCUCACUUCGCCAAGUCGUGCUCUUGCUGCCAUCCGUCAGUCCACGCCACGCAAUUGGCUGACACACUUCUCCUGCACCACAUGGCACCACAGUACCCCCAGAUUGCUCGUUCAAUUGGUACGACACUUUACCGAUCUAUCGAAUUCGACGAGGAGCCUGCCGAGAUUCACAAUGGAGAAAAUUUGCUUCCUAAUCCCCGUGUGCUUGGAAGAGGUCAUUCUACCCUUCCCCUCAAAUUCAAUGGGACUAUUUGCUCCGCAACCAUAUUAGCAUGCCCAGAUACUGGCUCUGACGUGAACUUGAUAUCGAAAGAUAUUGCGAAAGCUCUAGGAUACGAAAUGCGUGAGUCAGCUGCACCGGGAUUCUACCUUCUUCUUGCAGAUGGUACAUUUGUGUUUCCAGAAAGAUACAUUUGCGCCGAAUUCACGUUCGCGGUGCAGUCCUCGAUGGGACUUCCUCACAUGUCAGCUAUUUUCUACGUGCUCAGACAUUUGCCGUCCCAAGUCAUAAUGGGUGUAUCUUUCCUCGAACAAUUCCAGAUCAUGACCUUACACAGGAACAAAAUUAUGAAGAUCCCACGCUCGACUAUCCGAGUUCCUAGGGUAUUUUCUGUGGGUAUACCUAGAAAACAUCUCAUAUGCGAGAUCGACAAUGAACUUGCCGCAGCAACUCCGGACUCCGGGUCAGAAAUCGAUCUCAUGUCGACCAGCUUUGCCACUGCCCGGGGUUUUAACAUCUACCCAGCAGAAGAACUGAUCGAGCUUGCUGAUGGUAGCAUUGUAACGUGCCAGGGAUUCGUCAGAGCAAAGUUAUCGAUCGCAACACAUUUCAAUACCCAGCAAGCUCCUGGCACAAAGGUGGAUGCCAUGAUAGACUUCUUCCUGUUGAACGGUCUGACCCACGAUGUUAUUCUUGGCGAACAUUAUCUGGAAGAACUCAAGGUCUAUACUAAAAAUCAGCACGCUCUCAUUCUUGUCACCGACCCAGGCGCAGUCAUCAGACUCAACAGAAUACGGAAAUUCGGUGCUGUUGACAGCGCGAUAACAUGGCUCACGGACCGGCUCAGAUCGCAGCAAGUCGUCUCUACAGAAAACGGCAGCACGGUCGAUACCAUUACCGACCAGGAUCAGCGAGAGAAUCACCGUCGAGAAAAAGAGAGCCACCGCAUUGGUCUGCUUCCAAUUCGUGAGCAGGAAGCUGCUCGUACGGUAGAGAGGGUGAAGGAGGAGCAGUAUGGCUCUUCCAAACAUGGUACUGUCUCCCACACAUCGUGUCGUAUGUGA